AAUGGAUUUCGAGCUACGUUUAAUUUUUAAAGCAAUUGGCUUCUUCACCUUGAUUGCAGUAGGAGUUCCAAGCAAUAUAAUAAUCUUAGCAAUUUUUGUACACAUCAGAGCUAGAGAAAAGAAGCUUCUACCUUCAAAUGCCAUUUUAACCAAGUUGGCUUUGGUCAAUUUGCUUGUUAUAUUUUCCAAAGGUUUACCGCAAGCCAUUCACGCCAUAGGAGUUCGGAACAUAUUAAAUGACAUUGAGUGUAAAUUCAUUUCUUUCACAUAUAGGAUUUGUAGGGGAAUGACAAUAUGUGUUACUUGCUUGCUGAGCUGCAAUCAGUGUAUUAUAUUAGCCCCUCCCUUAAAGACAUGGCUCUACUUAAAACAGAAAAUUACCCCAAACAUAUCCUGGAUUAUGGUAUUGCUCUGGUGCAUUAACUGUGCAAUCUAUCCAUCUUGUUUUCUCCAUGUUCAAGCCAUAGGAAAUUAUACCACAUCUAAAUAUACUCUUCACUUGGAAUUCUGUAAGCACGACUUUAGGAAUAUUGCCAUAUAUGUUGCCAAUGGUAUAGCUAUUGCACUACGUGAUUUCUUCUUUGUAGGUACUAUGACUAUAGCGAGUUGUUACAUCGUGUUCAUACUUCAUCGACAUGGCAUGCAGGUUAAAGGUAUACGAAGUUCUGACAAAAACCCUGGCAAAACUGCUGAAUACAAGGCCUCACAAUCAGUGGUUCUUCUUGUCACAAUUUAUGUGGUGCUUUUCGGUAUAGACAGCUGCAUUUGGAUUUACACGUUAUCAGGAUCAAGCAUUUCUCCAGCUAUUUCAGAUGCUAGGGUGUUCUUUGGUACCCUAUAUGCUGCUCUUAGUCCUAUUGUGAUUAUAAAAACUAACAAAAGAAUUAAAGGAAUGCUAAUAUGUCAUUCCAACAGAAAUCUACUGUCACUUUCUGAUUUAAACAACGAUAUUUCAGAAUAGCAGUUCUAAUUUUGAGAUAAACCAAAAGUAACUACUUACAGUUUCAGGUGUGUGACUGACAUAAGUGACAGAAAGUUGUGAAAUGUAAAACCAGUGCUUCUGCAAAUAUUACUCCGGUAAAUACUAGUCGGUUAUAAUCUUAACCUGGUCAGUCACUUUAAUGUAAGCUUUGUCUUGGAUUGUAAUACAUACUGUACAGUACUUGGUGUUAGAAGCUGAACUGUUCCCUCUAAUGUCUUUGCAAGACUCUACCUUGAACAGUGCCCCUUUGUAUAUGUGGAAACCUCUCUUCUAUAUGUAGAAUAUGACGUUUCAGUAUCACUAAUAGAAU